GGGGAUGUGUGUCCGAGCUCUGGGACUGGGAGUCUGUUUCACCUCAGAGGCAGCUGUUGCUCCUCCAACACCUCAGAGCUUUGAACGGCUCGCUGCCCUUCGCUGCUUAUUAUUCGCUAGUGAAAACAUCGUCUAUCCGCCGCAUUUCACGCCACAGCCCGUCAUUCCCAGCGCCCCCGCAUUUCCCGCCAACCCGCGCAUUCCCACAACAACCCGCCGCGCCCUCCCGCUACAGCCCACCGCGCCUUCCCACUACAACCUCUCGCGCAUCCUCGCUACAACCCCAACGCAUCCCCGCCACAACCCGCGCAUUCCCGCCACAACUCGCGCAUUCCCGCCACAACCCGCGGAUUCCCCGCUACAACCCGCGCCUUCCCGCGCUACAGCCCGCGUCUCGAAGAUGAGGACGAGUCGCGACGGCAUGGCCGCGGUGGCGCUUCUGUCCGUGCUGACGUCAUGGGGCGUGUUGGUUGCUCCGUUCGUGGCGCAGGUUCAGGGGCAGACGAUUGACAGCAGCCAGUUGCAAGCACUAUGGGACAUGCAGACGUCAUGGGGGCGGACUUUCGACCAAUGGGACACCGGCGGUGACUGCAACGCUGCUGACGGCAUAUCUUGCAACUCACAGGGCAUGGUGACGUGGCUGGAGCUGAACCAGUUGAAUCUGGGAGGGCCUCUCCCCGACACCAUUGGUGACUUGGUCGAUCUCUCACACAUGCUGUUGGAUUCGAACAGCAUCACCGGCACCCUUCCUUCCACCAUUGGCCGGCUCACUGCCCUCACCUGGUUCUCCAUCUGCUGCAACAGCAUCACAGGCAGCAUUCCAGACACUAUCACCGACAUGGUUGGCUUGAGAGACGU